AUGCUGGAGGAGGACAUGGAAGUGGCCAUCAAGGUGGUCGUUGUGGGCAACGGUGCUGUGGGGAAGUCCAGCAUGAUCCAGCGUUACUGCAAGGGUGUCUUCACAAAGGAUUACAAAAAGACUAUUGGAGUGGACUUCCUCGAAAGGCAGAUAAUCGUCAAUGACGAAGAUGUUCGCCUUAUGUUGUGGGACACCGCUGGACAGGAGGAGUUUGAUGCCAUAACUAAGGCAUACUACCGUGGCGCCCAAGCAUGCGUGCUGGUGUUCUCUACCACGGACAGAGAUUCAUUUGUGGCUAUUGAUAACUGGAAGGAGAAGAUUGAAGCAGAGGUGGGAGAUAUUCCUACAGUUCUUGUGCAGAAUAAAAUCGACCUCCUGGAAGAAACUGUUGUUAAAAACGAGGAGGCGGAGGGUUUGGCCAAAAGACUUAAAUUGAGAUUUUAUAGAGCUUCGGUAAAAGAAGACUUGAAUGUAACAGAAUUGUUUAAAUACUUAGCUGAGAAGUAUCUUCAACAACUCAAACAGCAAACAGCAGAAGAGACAGAAGCAGUACACUCAACAAGCAAUAAAAUAGGAGUUUUUAAUACCACAAGUAGUAAUCAAAGCAGCCAGAGUUCCAGCAACGGCAGAGAAAUCAUCACACUGCGACCAAACAAACAAAGGACCAAGAAAAGGAGAAACCCAUUUGGCAGCUGCAGCCUCCUCUAA